AUGCAGGAUAAAGCUUUAGAAUUAACUUAUUUUCUGGAAGAAUGCAAAAGAAAGAUGUUUCAAUUAAUUUAAUCAAAAUUGAUUAAGAUCAAUACAAAAUAUAAUAAAUAAAUAAAAUAAAUUAAAGACUCUUUUUAAUGUCCAAAAAAUGUAAAAAUUGAUGAGGUUAGAGUUUAAGAUUUAAUUAAAAUAGCAAAAGACAUUAGUAAUCCAUAAAAUUAGCAGUUAUUUUUGGAUAAAUUAUAAACAGGGUUAAAUAUAUGGAAUGAAGAAAAUGAUUAGUUAUUGAGAGAGUUUGAAUAAAAAUUUUUAGUUUGAUCGAUGAAAUAUAGAGUUAAAAGGUUUAAAAAAUGAUUAAAAUAGAAAACUGUAAAAAGCACAUCCAUUAAUAAAAACUGAAAUAAAAAAUUUAAGACUAUAAAUCCAAGAUUUAGCAAAAUAGAGUAUUGAUUAAAUUAAAUAUUAGUUUAAUAGCUUCAGACUGAAUAAUAUAAUCCUAAGAGAAAAAAGGAGAAUCAAUUAAAAUAAAUAGAGGAAAAAAUAAAAUCUUCGAUAAUCAAUUUAAAUAAUAAUAAUAAUUAGAUAACAAGUUAACUCAUAAUCAAUUAAAAUAAUUAGAGGACUAAAGAUAGUUAAUUGCAAUAAUUAGAGGAUUAAUUAAAAUCAAAGGAUGAUUAAUUACAAUAAUUAGAUGAUCAAUUAAAAUAAAUGGAUAAUAAAUUUCAAUUUCUAAUAUAAAACCAAAACUAUUAAAAGUUGAUUUUUGGAUUCGAUUAUUCUUUAUUUUAUAAGAAAGGUCGAAAACAAUAAUAAAUGAAUCUCAAUUAAUUUAUAAAGGAAGUCCAGAUGGAUUGGAUAAUAAUUCAUUUUGGAAUAAAUAUAAUGGAAAGAGUAAUUUACUUAUGAUAUUCUAAUCUAAGAGUGGAUAUAUUUUUGGUGGAUAUUCUCCAUGUUAAUGGUAAAAAGAUAAAGGUUGGGUUUAAGAUGAUAUUUUAUCAUAUUUCUGUUUUCAUAAACGCAUGAUUAAAUCUAUCCUUUCAAAUAAGAUUUAAAAUAAUAUGCUAUUAAAUGUGUAUCUAGUAAUGGACCUAUGUAUGGAGGUGGUUGGGACAUAGUUUAAAGAGGGUUCUUCUAAUUUAGGUCUUUCAUAUUAAUGGGAUAAAUAUGAAAAUAAGUAAUCGAAUCAUUUAUUUGGAUAAGCCAAGCCAAAUGUAACGGAAUGUGAAAUAUUUGAAUUGAAAUUUAUAUGA